UGCCCCUGCCACUUACACAACCUCCCCUCAGCUCACUGGUGCAGUGGUCUUGGCAAAAUGCCCUCAAACCCUGCGUGUCAGGCCUGGCGUGUGGACUUUUUUCAAUUCAGACUUGCAAGUCUGAAUUUUUCAAGGGAUGGGGUGGAAUUUCUGAUUAUAUACAAGAUUACUGGAGACUGGACACAAACACUUAAAUGUUUUUCUUGAAUGUGAUGGUGUAUAAACCUUUUCUCCUACGGGGGAAAUGGAGGCUAGAGACAAGCAAGUGCUUCGCUCCCUCCGCCUGGAGCUGGGUGCCGAAGUACUGGUGGAGGGACUGGUUCUUCAGUAUCUUUACCAGGAAGGGGUCUUAACAGAAAACCAUGUUCAAGAAAUCAAAGCUCAAACCACAGGCCUCCGGAAAACAAUGCUGCUCUUGGAUAUCCUGCCUUCCAGAGGUCCUAAAGCAUUUGAUACAUUCCUAGAUUCCCUACAAGAAUUUCCCUGGGUGAGGGAGAAGCUAGAGAAGGCAAGAGAAGAAGCCAUAACUGAGCUGCGUGCAGAUGACCAGACUGCUGGAAUCCCCCCACACAUCCUCAGCAGCUCCCCGUCAGACCGGCAGAUUAACCAGCUGGCCCAGAGGCUGGGCCCCGAGUGGGAGCCCAUGGUGCUGUCCCUGGGACUGUCCCAGAAUGACAUCUACCGCUGCAAGGCCAACCACCCCCACAACGUGCACUCGCAGGUGGUAGAGGCCUUCGUCCGCUGGAGGCAGCGCUAUGGAAAGCAGGCCACCUUCCAGAGCUUGCAAAGGGGCCUCCAGGCCGUGGAGGCGGACCCCUCAGUGCUCCAGCAUAUGCUGGAGUGAUGGGGUCGCCCUAUGGGGAGUGAGUCCCCAGGUCGCAUGUGCCCGGGGCAGGUAGCUUUUUGUUGGCGGGCGGUGUAUGUUUUCUUUUCAAUGAUCCAUAGAUGAAAUGAGAAAACAGGGUUUGUACUUGACAUCACCUGAAGGGCCAGAUCACUCAGAUCUCCCAGUUUGGCUUCACAGUUCAUCAUUUUCAAUUGCUCGAAGAUUGCAUUAUUUUAACUGUUCAGGUUUUAAUUGUGAGGUUGCCUUUUAAUAGAUGGGUGAAGCACAGUGGCUCAAAAACUAUACUGUGUUAUCACAUUACAUGCAACUGUCUUAUACAUAAAACAUCCACUUUUAAGUUGCCUGGGAAUGGAAAUGUGGACUUUGCUAUUGAUGAUGAUAAUGAUGAUGAUAAUAAAAAGUAAAUUAUUAUAUAUAAUGUGG